AUGCUUCGCGCGACCCCGCCUCCCGCCUUGGCGCGCCCGCCGGCCUCGCGCCCGUUGCCGUGGCGACCCCGGCCGCUGGGCCUGGGGCCCACCCCGAGCCUGUGGCUGUCACCAGCUUCGUGGGACCUGAACCCUGCGACCUGCUGCCUGCUGGCCUGGGCGGGGUCCCCCGCGGCCCCCUCCCCCCCUCCGUUCGCGGUGGAGCUGCCGCGGGGCCCCAGGGGCUUCGGCUUCAGCCUGCGGGGGGGGCGCGACCUCAACUCGGGGGUCUACGUCCGGGGGCUGCGGGAGGGGGGCCCCGCCCAGCGCUGCGGCCGCAUCCAGGUGAGUGACCAGCUGCUGGCCAUCAACGGAGCCCCCACCGCGGGCAUGACUCACGCCCAGGCCCUGGCCCGCAUCCGGGGGGGGGGCAGCCGCCUGCGCCUGCUGCUGCGCCGGGCUCAGGGGCCCCCCCAGAAUGGGCCUGGGAGGGGAGUCCUGAGCCUGUGCGUCAGCAGCUCCCCCCGGGGGGAGCUCUGCUUCUGCCUCGUGGGACGCAUGGACCCCCCCCCUUGACUGGAUCCUAAUGGUGGUCGUGUGUGUGCCCCCCACCCCCCUAAAACGAAGUGGGGUUUG